GUGCACACAGCAAAAAAAAAAUUGGCGUUUGCCAACAAUUUUUUCUCUCUCUCAUCUGAUCCUGAUCCCGAUUCGAGAAAAUUUUAAAAAAAUGGAUCCAGAAUCAGAAGAAUCAACCGAAGUAAAAACACCGAUUAGUUCACCAUCAAGUACUACAGAAGAAGCAUCAAUGUGUCCAGAUUACAUAUCAUCAUAUACACAAAUAUCACAAUAUAAUCAUCACCGUCAACAACAAGAUGAUCAAACUAUUGAUGAUCAAACUGAUAUUGAAUCUGAGACGGAUGAUAAUUUGGAUGAUUUUGUCAAUGACGACGAUGAUGAUGAUGAUGAUCAAAAAUCACCUUCCAANUACCAUGUAGAAACGAAUGAUGAUUUUAUUGGAAAACUGUGA